GGCGCCUUCUAAAUGCGUGCUUCCGCCUACUUCCCCCUCUUCUGCUUCUGUCCGCCAUCGUGUGCGUACGUUUACUUCCGAGCUUAACUAUGUCUUCUCACAAGACUUUCAGAAUCAAGCGAUUCCUGGCCAAGAAGCAAAAGCAGAAUCGUCCCAUUCCUCAAUGGAUUCGGAUGAAGACUGGUAAUAAAAUCAGGUACAACUCCAAGAGGAGACACUGGAGGAGGACCAAGCUGGGACUGUAAGGAAUUGAAUAUGAGAUGCAGCGUAUUUGUCUCCUGGAAGUCAAAAAUGAUAAAUUCUUUAUCAUGGUCAAGGUUACAUUACCGUAUCAAGCUUUGAAAUACCAUUGGCUGGACAGUUGAACAUGCUUAAUCAGAAAUCUUAUUCUG